GUUUGAGCCUCGAAAACCUGAAAAGGGAACAUGGAAAAGGAACUGUCAUCCGAGUCCUCUCCGUGGUUUUGUUGUUGGGAGACAGAGGUGCCUGACGGGAGACUGACUCCUCUUCAAGGAUCAUUACAAGAGCUGACCCCGCAGAUGAAAACAAUGUCUGACGAGACAGAACAGAGAAUGUGCGACGAGGAUUUCGGUUCGGACGAGGAAGGCGAGGAGGGAGACGUGGAGUCUUACCUGGAGGACAACAGCAGCGAGCUCAUGGACCGACUGAGAGAGCUGGAGGCAGAGAAUUCAGCUCUCGUGCUGGCCAAUGAGAGUCAGAGAGAAGCUUACGAGAGAUGCUUGGAUGAGGUUGCCAACCAUGUGGUCCAAGCUCUGCUGAAUCAAAAGGAUCUGAGGGAGGAGUGCAUCAAGCUGAAGAUGUUGGUGUUUGACCUGGAGAGACAGAACCGAGCGCUGUGCGAGCUUUUUCAGCAGAAACUACCCAACCACCCCACCGCUCACUACCAGGUUCAGGCGGGACCGCUCCCAGACUACAAUGCACAGCUGCACAAUGACUCGGCCAAACAGGUGGAGCCGGCACAGACUGAAGCACAAGCCAAGGGAAAUGGCUACCGCACACAACAUGCCUCGCCGGGCCCUCGUGGCCCCGCCGCCAACAUGGAGGCUCUGUCUCCCUUCUUCAAGAAGAAAGCACACAUCCUGGAAGUCCUGCGCAAGAUGGAGGAGACGGAUCCCCUCAAGUUCCACCCAUCCACGACGAGCUUGUCUUUCUGCGACUACAGCCAGGUGCUCAUGUCCACAGAGGCUGUUUUGGCUUCUGCGGACCCCCUCCCGCUGCAGUGCAAAUCCCACCACACACACUGCCACUGCUCCUGCUCGGACACAGACACACACCAGCAUGUGAAUGGUGACGGAGCAGUGAAGUGUGAGGGAGGGAACACCUGCUGUUUACACUGCAAGAGGAGCCCAGAGAGCCCUCCAAAGCCAUGCAACCAUGUCUGUAGUCCUUCAAAAGCCACCCAGAGCCAUAUAGUUCCUGCAGCUGCUAUGAGUGAAUGUCACAGUAAGACCAGAGCGGGAGAGUCUAAACAGAGCACCAAGAAUGAAGCCAACCAGCAACCAGCGGGCGCCGCCGCCCACUCAUCCAUCGCAGAAGCAGCCAGUCAGAAUCUGGAAGGAGAGCAGGAUAACUCGGAGCUAAACGCUAGUGCCUCUGAAGAGCUCACUGGUUUCUGUGCCACCUCCCACCUGCCUACUUCUGCACAGGAGGCCCACUGUGACUUGGAUACAAGCGAUGGCGUUCCCAACGGUUUGGCGCUCUCAUUUGGUGACGAACCCUCAGCCGUCCCUGAGAAAGACGCCACAGAUCCGGAGGCUUCCUGUGUAAGAGCCAGUGCAUCCGUCAGCCCCAGUCCCUCCUGUCUCAGCGACGUUAAAGCCGCUGCCAUCAACUCCCCAUCCAAACUGCUCAAGUUCUUAAAGAUUCCCUCGAUGGGGGAGAAGUCGCAGGCUCCCACCUCUUCUGUCCGCCUGAGCCCUCAGCUCACUCGCAACUCCAGGAUCCCCUGCCGCACCAAUAACUACGAGGUUUACCACUCGCCCGUUCCCACACGCAGAGCGACCACCACUGAGAGGUGCAGGCAGCCCCCUCCUCCACCCGCCCGGUCCGAGUCGUACCCCGCCACGCACUCGGCACCAACUUCCCCUCCACAGCCCGAAGACACCUGCUCCCCACCCGCUAAGGAAAUAAGCUAUAGCAGCCUGUCUGCACCUAAACCCACUGUGGGCUCAAAGAUCGGCGCUCCCUCCUCCUCACCCAAAGUUUCUCAGAGGGUCCCUCAUUAUGAAAAUGUCUGUGACAUGUCCAUCGGCUCUAAAGAGGAGGAACCAACCCAGGGUCAGGAGAAAAGAACCACUCUUCCAUCUCAAACGAAGGCAAACGCUGGUGAGAGGAAGCUUGUUAAAUCGCUACCAGAAAGUGUCCUGAAUCCCGCGCCUCAGCGAAAGCAGUCGUCCUCAUCGACAUCGGAGUCUACAUCAGAUGAUGAAGAGGAUUCAGACAGCCCUGUGUGGGUUAAUCAUCACAGCCUACCCAACUCCUCCGCCCUCAGCAAAGCUCAGAGCAAAACUAACUACUCACAAACCAGAGAGAAGCAGGAUGGGCACACAAGGGAGGUGAACAUAGCGAGCUCUGAGGUCACUCAGGGUCCGCCUGCACCUCCAACCAGGAGGAGUGACUCAUCGUCCAUUCCCAAGAGGCCUACGGUUGGGGCGGCGAGAUCUCAGGCCGACUCGAGUCACCACGCUUUCAAAGACAGACUGGCUGCGCUCGGCAAGCUGAGGAGCUCGGAGGAUUUACAAGGCGGCCUCAGGCCCACCGAUGCGGCGAACGAAGGCACCUACGGAGAAGAAAGAGGCAAGACGGCAGAGAUCCACAAAGAGGAACAAAGACAUUCGAAGUUCGCAGACUCAUCGGAUGGUAAACCUAAAGGUAGCAGUGGUGGUUUGAAGUAUCCGGGGUCAUCUCAGCUCUAUGAGCAGCCAGUAAAAUCUUCUGGUCCCGCACUGGUUAAACAAGAACUCUGUGUGACCAAGCCAGAGGGACCGAAGAGUAAAAUGGGCCUGCCGUCACCCAACACAGAUGCUCCCCAGGUGCUACGCAACAACAUCAAGUGUCCUGGCUCCCUGAAUCUGGCCUACAACGUUAAAGCCAGCAUCGCUCCUCACAGUAGCAACAGCCCCAACAAAAUCCCUCCGAAGUCACCGUCCAAACCUUGCCAAGGCCCGUCCGUCCACAGAGGGGGCAAGUCCGCAGAGGCCCCGCGUUACUCGUCCAAGUCAGAGGAGAGGACCAAGAUCAGCGGGAAAGGGAAAAAGAAUCCGAUGUACGGAGACAGCCUCCCGCCUCCUCCUCCGAGACCUCCGGCAUCUGAGGUGGAGAAGCCGUCGCUGCCGGUCCCCACCCUGCAAUCCGCCAUCGAGCAGAAGGUGAUGAAGGGCAUCGAGGAGAACGUGCUGAAACUUCAGGAGCAGGACAGAGGAGGGCAGGGCGGAGAGGUCAAGCAGAAGGCCUCCAACGGCAUCGCGAGCUGGUUCGGCCUGAAGAAGAGCAAGCUCCCCGCGCUGAGCCGCAAGACCGACGGCACUAAAGCAAAGGAGGAGAAGAAGGAGUGGAAGAUAAACAUCCCCUCGGUCGGCAGGGACUCUGUGAAAAUGGCCUCCAGGUGUAAAGAAGGCGUGGAAGGUCUGAACAUCUCGACUCUGAUGGAGAAGGCCGAGGGGCUGAGGAGAGCCCUGGAGGAGGAGCGGGCCUAUGUGGAGAGAUCAGGCAGGGGUCACUCGUGUGAGGUGGUGAUGGAUCAAGCUCAGGGACAGCUGGCGGUCAUGUACAGGGGAGCGCGCUCUGACAACUUCAUGCAACAGCUGCUGAACAGAGUGGACGGAAAGGAGAUGAUCAGCGUGCCCCAGCGACGGCUGUCGUUCGACUGCAAGACGUCGAAGCCGGUGUUCACCCAGCAGAGCGACAUCAUCAGUCACACCACCAGUCACGACGACAUGGAGAAGGGCCAGUUCAUUAAUUCAGAUUUGCUGAAUCUUCCUCCCCCGUGUUUUUCCUCCACAGGCUCCGGUGCUUCCACCUACACCCUGGACAGCGGCAUUGGUACGUUCCCUCUGCCCGACUGCAGUAGCGGUGUAGCUGCACGGGGCCUGUCUAAGACGAAGGGCGGAGCCGAGCACCACUCCGGCGGCGGCUCCCCAGGGAGAGCCGGACGGCGAGCUCGCACCCUGGACAGAGAGCUGACAUCACAGGAGGACUGCUACGCUCCACACAAGCAGCUGAUUCCCACCAUUCAGUACGGGUCCGUGUUGGAGGGAAGAGGCUCAGCCGGCGUCAUCCGCGAAGACAAAGAGGCACAUGGAGGGAACAUGUUUUCGCCUCGCUCCAAGACUUGGACUUUCCCCAACCUGAAGACUCCAGCAGGACCUGCGGAGGUGUACCUGGCAGUGGAGGAGGAAGAGGAGGAGGCGGUAUCCUUUGGAUCACCAUUCAGAGGGAGCACGAAGGCCAGCGGCCCCUCCUCCAGCCGGGUGGUUGAUCCAGGCAGCCUGCCCGUCCCCGCCCAAUCGGGGAUGAGCCGCCGGGGAAAGACGCGCACACCCAGCGUCCCCGAGAUGAGCCGGGAGGCCGGGCUGGAGCUGCUCAGGGAGCGGCCAGAGGAAGCCCUAUCCCCAAGUCGCCCUCAGGUCCUGGAGACUCCAGAGUCUCUGAGCGAUUCUCUGUACGACAGUCUGUCAUCCUGCGGCAGCCAAGGAUGAAGCAGCCAAGGACGGGAGGAGGAGAGGGAGGAGGAGGAGGACGACGGGGAGGACGCGUCUCCUGGUCGAUGGCUGCGCUGAGAUGCUGCUGAGGAAAAGAAGACUGCUCCCCGUCGACAUCCGCGAAGAAAAAACUGGUGACGUCUCAUCAGCUGUUGUAACUGGAAAGAUGGAUUGAUCUCCUCAGGAUUUCCAAUAAACGUGAAGCCAAAAGUCACCCAAAUCGUAUAGGUUGUUCACUUUUUCACGAUCAGACUCGACUGUGGACACUUCUCUUUAAAUCAUGUGUACAGGACAACAAAACGCAUGGCCAAGCUAAUGAGCAGCACAAAAAGUUGUCACUCCCAGUUGUCGUUCGGUGACCUCUCUUUCGUUUCUCUCAUCGUAGACGGAGCUUCGUCCCGUACGUCAGAAAAAAUUGGCGAGGGGUUCAACAGAUGGCGUACUGUACUGUAUCAAUACAUCCAUUCUAUUCUUGGCAUCAUUUCACCGCAUAAUGUAUUAAAAAAAAAAAUAGAAAAAACCCCACAAAAAACAUGGAGCGCCUUUAAAAAAAAAAAGAAUGUUCAUGUCUGUGACUCUUAAUUGCUAAACUCAUGCAUCACGAUUUUAAAUGUAUAGACGAUUUUAUUGAUCAUGUUGAUAUUGUUUUGCGGCCAAGGAAGGUUGUCAGAGUAUGUUUGUUUUGAAAUCAUAAUACAUUUAAAGGUAAUAUAUACCAGCAAUAAUAACAUAGAUAAGAGAAAUGGCUACACUAUUCAAUGAAUAUGUAUUUCUAUUAUUUAUUUAUUUUAAAUGUUCAUCAUUUGCAGUCAUCUUUUUUUGUAAUCUUUCUGUGAAAACUGCAGUUUCCUCGCUUAGUAGGUUAUCUUCAUAUUUUGUGUUGCAUCAUCUCUAUUGCCGUUUGUUCCCUAGCAAAAAUAGAGGUCCUAUGUACCUACUGCCGUUUUUCAACUUUCUAAUUAAAAUGUUUUGAUUUA